GCUGGCUCAGCCAGCUGCUCUCCUCUGCGGGCCUUUGGGGCCUCCGGAAGAGCGGCGUCUCCUCCGAAGAGCCCCCAAGGGGAUCUUAGGGUGAGCAGGUGCCCGCGGGAGCUCCGAGGCUGCGGUGCCCAGGCCGCCUUGAGCAGGGGCCGGCCGCUGUCCGCCACCAAGGUGCUGAAGGCGGGGAAUGGAAAAAACCAAACUGACGAGCAAACCCGCUCAGGACGGAUUUAGGCCACCUCUGAAGUGGGCUGGAGCGGAGAUGGUGAGGACAUGUCCUCUUCCAAAUGGUUACUAGGACACCUUCACGCCAGAGUUACUGGGAAGGUGAGGGGUGAACCCAGUGGACGUAGGAUUGAUGUUGCUGACUCUGAAAAACAUGGGUGAGGCUGCAAGAUGCUGCCAAUCGUUUCUCUGGAAAGAAUCUGCCAGAACUUAAUUUGUGUCUCCUGAAAGAAAAAAGAAAAGAGGAAAGAAAAGAAGAAAAUGAUAAUAAAACCCUGUAUGUUUGAAUGAUUGAUUCCCAUGAAUUGAACAAUUCAAACCCAGACAAGACUGAAUGGCUGGGGGUAUUGCCUCCUAAAGACUAUGUCGAUUGUCCAUCUCCGGUCCUGGGGGGAGAGAAAUCAUCCCCCUCAGAACGGGCUCGUAAUCUGGGUGUCCUUCUAGACUCACAGCUAAGAUUAGAGCAACAUCUGACAGCUGUGGGUAGGGGGACCUUUGCACAGGUUCACCUGGUGCACCAACUGCAACCCUACUUAGAUCAGGAGGCUCUCCUCACAGUCACUCAUGCCCUUGUCACCUCACAGGUGGAUUAUUGCAACGUGCUCUACAUGGAGUUACCCCUGAAAAGUGUUCGGAGACUACAGUUAGUUCAGAAUGCAGCCGUGCGAGCUAUUGUGGAUGCACCUAGAUACACCAACAUUACACCAAUUUUCCGCGAGCUGUACUGGCUCCCUAUCGGUCUCUGGACACAAUUCAAGGUGUUGGUUAUUACCUUUAAAGCCCUACAUGGCUCAGGGCCAGGGUAUCUUCGAGACCGCCUUCUGCCGCAUAACUCCCAGCGACCGCUUUUAAUCAUAUCACCUGCCUACAAGAAAAGAGAAAAAAAGAAUAGAGAGAGGGAGUGAGGGAAAAACAAUUCAAAACAGCAACUGAGAAGAAGAAUCAUCCAUCCAUCAUCUCUUGCCUACUUAUACUUUAGUUGCUAUGCUUUACAAGAAAGAAGGGGAAAAGAAAAAGCAAGUCAAAAUUGGCAAUAUCGUUCAUUCCUGUUGAGUCUUGGAGAUUUGCUGUUGAACUCGAAAGUCAAGGUUAGUAUCGGUUACGCUGACCCUUUGUGUGCACUCGAUUUUCUUCAGAAUCCGAGGCUACAUCUGGUGAUC